CUAUAUUUAACAUACAUCGGAUAAUAAAAAAUUAAGUUUGGAUUAUUAUACUACAUAUGAGUGAUAAGCACGUUAAGAUGGAUAUUUUAAAUUAUUUUCUCGAAACUGAAAACACAAAUAUUUGUCGAAUUUGUUUAGAAAAAGCAACACAUGCAAAAUAUUUAUUUUCCGAACAAGAAGAGUCGAAAAAUAUAUUAAACAAGAUAUACAUUUGUUUUCAAUUAAUUUUAAAUUAUGAUAAAUACUUGCCCACAGUUAUUUGUGUAAAUUGUAUAGAAGAACUAAACGUUGCCUAUAAUUUUCGUCAAAAUUGUGUUACCUUUGAAAAACGAUUUGCAAUAUUUUAUCAACAAGUGUCGGCAAAAUGUAAUUUUGAAAAUCAAAAAGUUGAAGCUGAAGAUAUAAAAGACGUAACCAAUAUCGGGAGUCCUAUUUCACUGCCAGAGAAUUAUAAUAGGGAUGCUAAAGUAAAAAUAUCAGAUAAAAAAAUCAAAGAUGAUGUUACAAAUAUUACUCAAGAAAAAAGGCUACAUACAUGUACGAUCUGCAAUAAAACACUUAAAACUAAUACAUCAUUACUAAAGCAUAAAUAUUCUAUGCAUCAAAAAAGAAAACAUCUCGGCAAAGUCACAGGUUUUGGAGUUGAUCGCCGAUAUCAUUGCCCUAAAUGCUUGUAUAGUACUCCUCACAGUCAAACAUUGGUAAAUCACAUGAGAAGACAUAAUGGAGAUCGUCCAUAUAACUGUGAGUGUGGCAAAAGCUUUACUCAAUCUUCUAGUUUAACUGCUCAUCGUAAAACUCACACUAAUAUUGCAGAUUAUACUUGUGCAAUAUGUGGGAAACAGUUUAAACAUGCUUUUUCACUAAAAAAGCAUUUAGAUGUUCAUGAAACAGGAAAAUAUUCAUGUGAUAUAUGCCAUAAAGAAUUGAAAUCUAGACAAUCUUUACAAGACCACAUGUAUCGCCACUAUAACAUUCGAAAUUACAACUGUGAAGACUGUGGUGAUACUUUUGUAACUUGCUCUGAACUACUUAACCACAAAAAAAAACACAGCAGAAUAAAAAAAGUUGAGUGUCAUUUAUGUGGCUACAAAACACAUACAAAAAAGAAUUUAAUUAUUCAUCUUAAGAGGCAUGCUGGAGAUAAAUCCUACAAAUGUGAUAAUUGUCAUAUGUCUUUUUUUACUAAUGGUGACCUGCAGAGACACAAACGUGUCCAUACCAGAGAUAAGCCUUUCCCCUGUCCUUCUUGUGCUCAAAGGUUUACACACAGUACUAGUCUUAAUAAGCAUAUGAAAUCUGUACAUGGCAUAGACUGCAAAUGGGCUGAUAUUAAAUGUAAACAGUUUCAAAAACAAAAACUAAAUGCUGAUAAUUAAUGUACAAUUGUUGUGAAGAAACAAUAAAAGAAAAAAAUAUUCA